GAUUCAUAUCUGCAGCCGAGACGAGUCAUAUCUGCAGCCGCGCUAUAUAUCUCAACAAAAAACAGCAAAGCUCUGUGUGAUGGCCUGCACCCCCGCCGUCGACGCGACCUCCUCUUUGAUAGGAGCGGCUCUAUCGGCAAGUAGCUGCAAGAGCAGAUCUGUACCCAUCUUCUACCUGCGCCGGGCUGGAAUAGUCGUGUGCGGCUCGCUCACCUUUGUCGCGCUCUCAACGAAUGACACGAGUACAGUAGCAAAAGCAUCAAUCGGCUCAUUAGCAGCUCUACUAACAUUAGGACGGUGGGACAACGCGCGCGCCGAACUCGCGCCGCGCUGGGAGCCCCACGGCCGCGGCGCGUCCGACGCGAAGGGUGAAAUUUGGGCAACUUUAACUGUCUAUGUUACUGGCGCCGCCUACGCCUGCUUGCUGAAAAAGCUUACGUUCUAUUCACCUCUAGCGGGCGUCGCCGUGGCCUUGGGCGUGGCCUACGUCGCGUCGCGGCCGGGCGUGUCGAAACCGGGCGGGCCGCGGCCGCAGCCGAUUGGAAGGAAACCGCAAUUCGACGCGGCGCCGCGGCCGCCGGUCCGCGGCUGGCGCUGCGCUACGGGGAGCGAGAGUCAUGAAGUCACGGCGUUGGCCGCGCAGAAGCACGGUCUGAACGCGUCCUUGAGCGGAGAAAGUUCAGGACGACAGAUCUGGCACUUUGUUGGAGAAGAAAACGACGGCGCCGGAGGUUGCGAAGCUUUUGAUCCCGCGAAGAACCCGAAUUCGUCAGAUCAGUUAUACAGGAGGGAGCGGUUGCGGACUUGGCGGCAGAAACACGGCGACGACGUACCCGUAAAAGAUCCAUUAGAACGCGCUUUAAAGUUCUACCGCAAGCUCCAAGUCGACGACGGCCACUGGGCCGGCGACUACGGCGGGCCCCACUUUCUCUCACCUGGACUUGUAGUUAUGUGGUAUGUUACUGGUAGAAGAGAUAGCGUCCUAGAUGCCAACCAAAGAAACGCCAUGAAGCGGUACUACGAGAACCACCAGCAGAGUGACGGCGGCUGGGGCACGCAUAUUGAGUCUCCUUCGACCAUGUUUGGCACUACUCUGACCUAUGUGGCUCUACGACUGCUCGGAGAGCCCGCGGAAGCACCACGCCUAAGGAAAGCCAGGACCUUCAUCCAUUAUCACGGCGGCGCGACGUACACGGCGUCCUGGGCCAAGUUCGCGCUGUGUCUGCUGGGUUGUAUGGAUUGGGAGGGCCACGAGUCCGUCCCGCCGGAGAUGUGGUUACUACCAAGGUGGUGCCCCUUCCACCCGUGUCGGAUGUGGUGCCACGCGCGCAUGGUCUAUUUGCCCAUGGGUUAUUUAUGGGGUAGUCGGUGGGUCUACGCCGACGCGGAAACUGAUGAGACGGUGUUAUCACUGAGGAGGGAGCUGUACCCCGAGUCUUAUGAGAAGAUAGAUUGGCGCGCUUCUAGAAGUUUGGUCGCGCCCAUCGACGACUACUCGCCCGUCGGCGUCCCGAUGAAACUCGCGCAGCUGGUGUUGCGGUGCUACGAGUCUUCUUUUAUCUUGAAACCGUUCCGGGCCUUCGUAAGGAGGAGAGGAUUGGCCUUCUCCGCGGACUACUGCAAGGCGGAGGAUUUACAAACGAAUUUCGUGGACAUAGGGCCGGUCAACAAAGUGUACAAUAUGUUGGUAGCUUAUGAUAGGAACGACGGGACCUUCGACGCGCAUUGUUUGCGCGUGCCCGACUAUCUGUGGGUCGCCGAGGACGGCCUGAAGAUGCAGGUUCGUUGUUCCGUGUCCUCUUUCAAUCGCGUACGCCAUCGCCGCUCACCUUACAACGCGCGCAGGGCUACAACGGCUCGCAGUGCUGGGACUUGAGUUUCGCGACGCAAGCCAUCGCCGAGGCGCGAUUGGGCGACGCGGCCUACCUCGAGGAUUGUGUGGUGAAAGCUUGGAACUACCUGGAACGGACCCAGAUCCUCUCGACGGAGGUCAGCCAGGCGUCGCCCGCUUUUAGGUAUGAGGACGCCAUCAACCGCGAAAAGUACUUCCGCCACGUCAGCAAGGGCGGCUGGCCCUUCUCCACGUCGGCGCACGGCUGGCCCAUCAGCGACUGCACGGCCGAGGGCCUGAAAAGUGUUUUAGCAUUGCGGAAUUUGCAGUGUGUUAUGAAGAAGGGCACGUCCAUCUCCGACGAGAGGUUGUGCGACGCGGUGGACGUCAUCCUAGCGUUACAAAAUGCUGAUGGGGGGUUCGCGACGUACGAAAAUAACAGGGGCUACGGCUGGUACGAGUGGCUGAACCCGUCGGAAGUGUUUGGGGAUAUCAUGAUCGAUUAUUCGUACGUCGAGUGCUCCAUGGCGUCGAACGGCGCUUUAGCGAGAUUUCGGGAGGCCUUUCCUACCCAUAGACAGAGGGAAGUGGAUAGAGCGUUAGCUAGGGGCAACGCCUUCCUCAAGUCCAUCCAGCGGGAAGAUGGAAGUUGGUACGGCUCCUGGGGCUGCUGCUUUACGUACGCGGGCUGGUUCGGGAUUGAGGGCCUCGUUGAUUCAGGCGAGGACCCGUCUACGAGUGAACCGGUACAGAGGGCUUGUGCUUUCCUACUAAAACAUCAACGGGCGAACGGGGGCUGGGGCGAGGACUUCACGUCGUGCUUCGACAAGGCCUACGCGGCCGACGGCAUGCGGGACUACGGCGACGACGGAUCGGGCGUCGUUCCGACGGCCUGGGCGCUACUGGGCUUGAUGGCCGGGCGCUGUGCGGACCAAGCGGCGGUCCGAAAGGGCGUCGCUUACUUGGAGCGGCGGCAGCUCGAGUCGGGCGACUGGCCCCAGGAGGGCAUCGCGGGCGUCUUCAACCGCGCGUGCGGGAUCACGUACACGGCGUACCGGAACGUGUUCCCGAUCUGGGCCCUGGCGCGCUACCGCGAGGAGUAUUUGCUGCAUUCGUAAGUAUGUCGUUUUAUCGAGAACUUACACAGUACAUUGAAUCUCACUCCUCCAUCGCGUCGGCGCCGGCGUUUUUGGCGCCGCGCGAGGGCUUCUUCGCGCUCCGCUCGCGCGCCUUCGCGGCGCACUCGAUGGCGAUGGCCCUCCGGUCGCCCUUGUCUUUGCUCACGAGGACGGCGAGGUUUUUGACGUGCGGCGCCGAUUUCUUAUGCUUGCCCGUCCGCUGGAGCGGUCGCUUCGUCUGGCGCUUGCGCUUCGCGAAGCCGGCGGACUUUUUGCUCUUUUUGUUCGUGGCUCCCAUCGUCUGUAUGAUCGAUGUGCGCACCGAUUGGAAUGCUGGCGGCGUUUCAGCUGUGGUGCAGUGUCGCAGAGCGCUGGCUAUGGUGCUGCAGCAGCGAGUUGAGCUUGAAGCACAGCGGUGCAAGGCCGGCAGGUCUUAAGCACUUGUGCUGCUGGAUGCCCUGAAACGCACAACUAAGCGCGCGCGGCACACGUAGACGCGUACGACAAGUUCGCCUGCUCUCGG